AACUGCCGGCUUUCAAAAUCCUCCUCCUCCGCCAUCAUCCGCCGCGGUGCGCGGAGCAGGUGGUGUUGAAGGUGCGAGCGGCGAGAACCGCUGGGAUUGCUGACGGACAGGUGGGCUGGGCAUCGGGCCUCUGGACUGGAGGCAGCGACCCCGACCUGAUCUGACCCGGACCCUAAAUCAGUCCUCGCCCACCUGGGCGAACGCGCGCGCUCCGGUCUCCCCACGCGGCGGCGGCGCCGCCUGUUUACGUUUGCAGAUUUCCAGGGGAGCCCACCAACGUGACCAACAUGGCCUCUGAAGACAUUGCCAAGCUGGCAGAGACACUUGCCAAAACCCAGGUGGCCGGGGGACAGCUGAGUUUCAAGGGCAAGAGCCUCAAACUCAAUACUGCGGAAGAUGCCAAAGACGUGAUCAAGGAGAUUGAAGAUUUUGACGGCUUAGAGGCCUUGCGCCUGGAGGGCAACACGGUGGGCGUGGAAGCAGCCAGGGUCAUCGCCAAGGCCUUGGAGAAGAAGUCAGAGUUGAAGCGAUGCCACUGGAGCGACAUGUUCACGGGGAGGCUGCGGUCGGAGAUCCCACCCGCCCUGAUCUCACUCGGGGAGGGCCUCAUCACCGCCGGAGCCCAGCUGGUAGAGCUGGACCUGAGUGACAAUGCGUUCGGGCCCGACGGCGUGCGCGGCUUCGAGGCCCUGCUCAGGAGCUCCACCUGCUUCACCCUGCAUGAACUCAAGCUCAACAACUGCGGCAUGGGCGCCGGUGGCGGCAAGAUCCUGGCAGCUGCUCUGACUGAGUGUCACCGCAAAUCCAGUGCCCAGGGCAAGCCUCUGGCCCUGAAGGUCUUCGUGGCUGGCAGAAACCGUCUGGAGAACGACGGAGCCACUGCCUUGGCAGAAGCUUUUGGGAUCAUCGGGACACUGGAGGAGGUCCACAUGCCACAGAACGGGAUUAAUCACCCUGGUGUCACUGCCCUGGCCCAGGCUUUUGCCAUCAACCCCCUGCUGCUCAUCAACCUGAACGACAACACCUUCACUGAGAAGGGCGCCGUGGCCAUGGCCAAGACGCUGAAGACCCUGCGGCAGGUGGAGGCCAUCAACUUCGGGGACUGCCUGGUGCGCUCCAAGGGCGCCGUCGCCAUCGCCGACGCCGUGCGCGGGGGCCUGCCCAAGCUGAAGGAGCUGAACUUGUCUUUCUGUGAGAUCAAGAGAGAUGCUGCCCUGUCUGUGGCCGAGGCUGUGGCAGACAAGGCCAAGCUGGAGAAACUGGACCUCAAUGGCAACACCCUGGGAGAAGAAGGCUGUGAGCAGCUCCAGGAAGUGCUGGAUGGCUUCAACAUGGCCAAGGUGCUGGCGUCCCUCAGUGAUGAUGAGGGCGAGGAUGACGAAGACGAGGAGGAGGAAGGAGAGGAGGAGGAGGAAGAGGAGGAGGAGGAGGAAGAGGAGGAGGAGGAGGAGGAAGAGGAGGAGGAAGAAGAGCCACAGCAGGGAGAGCAAGGGGAGGAGCCGGCCACACCGCCCAGGAAGAUCCUGGACCCUACCAGUGGGGAACCAGCUCCUGUCCUGUCCUCCCCGCCUCCUGCAGACGUCUCCACCUUCCUGGCCUUUCCAUCCCCGGAGAAGCUGCUGCGCCUCGGGCCCAAGAGUUCGGUGCUGAUAGCGCAACAGACUGACACGUCCGACCCGGAGAAGGUGGUCUCCGCCUUCCUGAAGGUGUCCUCUGUGUUCAAGGACGAAGCCGCAGUGAGAACAGCAGUGCAGGAUGCAGUAGAUGCCUUGAUGAAGAAGGCCUUCGGCUCGUCGGCCUUCAACUCCAACGCCUUCCUCACCCGGCUCCUCAUCCACAUGGGUCUGCUCAAGAGUGAAGACAAGAUCAAGGCCAUUGCCAACCUGUACGGCCCCCUGAUGGCGCUGAAUCACAUGGUGCAGCAGGACUACUUCCCCAAGGCCCUCGCACCCCUGCUGCUGGCGUUCAUGACCAAGCCCAACGGCGCCCUGGAGUCCUGCUCCUUUGCCCGCCACAACCUGCUGCAGACGCUGUACAAGGUUUAGACGCAAAGCUGGCCUCAUCCGCCCUCAGCCUGGACCAGUGACUUGGGAAGGGACUCAGCCGAAGGACUCUGGCCGGAAGCAGGGAGGGUCUUUGUUGUGUGUGUGGUGUCUCCCGAGCGUGUGUCAGUGUGGUGUGUGUGUACUUGUGUGCUUCUUGUCGGGGUUUGGGUUUUUACAUCUCCUUUGCUGGACUGGCCCUGGGCCCGCUAGAGGGGAGCUGGCCCCCAGGCAGAGGGGCUGCAAGCUGCUCUGCCAUUAAACUCGCCACCAUCUGAGCGCGCUCUGCUCAUCUGUGCCACAGGCUCCAGGCCCUGGUGGCUGUCCCCACCACCUUCCUCACCCUCUGGGGCUGCACCAAAGCCUGAGGAGUGGCUGUCCCCUCCCUGUUGUGGUUUCCUGCCCUGCCCGGGGCUGCUCACAACGGCUGCCUCUGCUAUUUAUCACCACUGUCACCUGGUCCCAUAGCCACCACUCUUCCUACCACCCAUCCCUGCUGUGCUGACCUCUCAGCCCGAGGGGCAGAGACUCUGGUGGGGGGGGUCUGCUGGGUGACCAGCAGAGGGCACGACCCUGACACCCACAUCCUGUGGACAGGAAGAGAAGCCAGUGGGCAGACACUGGGCUUGCCCAGAUGGGGCUGGCUCCAAACCAGCCGCAACCCUCCUCCAGCUACAGAGAUGCCUGUGACCGGCCUGGUGGCCUUGCUGGAGGGGCAUCUGGGCAGCCCCAACCCUGUUCUCCAGCCUGGAGGCAGGCACAGGGCCCACUGAUGCCUGAGCUGCGUCUCGGGCACCCUUAAGGACCUGGGGCAGGGGUGGCGGCUGGGCUGGGCUGGAGGUUCCCCAUGACACCCUGUGCUUUCCCUUGUGCUCUUCAUGUGUCUGGGCUGCGCCCGGGGCUUCACAAAAUAAAGUCGUGCAGCAGCAGUGCAGACGGGG